AUGAAGACGAGUCCUGCAGCAGAUGCGGCAUUUGACCAAGGCAUAGUUUUUGCCACAAUACUCUUCGGCAUAACGUCUCUGCUAUUAGCAUUUUGUGCGCUCUAUUUCAGACCUUCACAAUUAUGGCGCACGAGAAGGGCACCGCCAGUCGAGACUGAAGAGAAAAGGUGCGACAGUAUUACACAGAUUAUGCAACCGCCAUACAGGACCGUUUUAAAACCGUCGCUGUCGAUAUUUAUAAACGACGUAGGCUCACAUGUGGAGGCGCACUAUAUCAUGCAGCUUGUAUUUAAGAAGGGGACCUAUGAAAUCAUUCAAGAGCACCUAGCACCACUAAUACCCUUAGGCACCAAGUUCCAGCUCUACCUGUUCGUGCAGGUUAGGCGAUUCAACUUUACAAUGCCCACAAUAUGCGACAGGUGCCUAAUCAAGAGACUAUCGCAACUGUACUGGAUGCCAUGGAAAUGGCCGUUUUUUACGUCAUCGCAGAGGGUGCUCUUCUCCACCACAAGCGCUGGGCGUGCAUCCAUGACUAGGCAACUUCAACCACUGCUGCAUAUGGAAUCGGAUGCGACUGUCGUACAGACUAUUCUGGGUAAAGUCGCAAAUGUAAUGCACUUCGCCUUCGAAGGCGACGAAAACGGUGACGAUGCGGCAAACAGACCCGAAGGCGGCGACAUUGUCAAAAUAAAGUCAACUGCCGAAAUUAUGACGCUUCUGCAACCGAUUACUACAGCGUAA